UUUUUUAUUUGACGGCUGAUUAUUUGACAUAAAACUCGCUAAAUUACCAACACUGGUUUUCUUAUAUAAAGUCAGCUGUUUUAGCGCACACACAUUUCACAAUUUUCAUAACAAAUUACGUAGAUUUAGGAGAAAUAACGAAAUUAUAACAAAAUGGCCUCUUCCAUAAUUAUGGCUGGCUUAGGCGUAGCAGCGGUUGGUUUUGCUGGCAAACACUUGAUGCGCCGCAUGCCUGCUAUGACCACAAAAAUUAAUGAGACUUUAAAAAAUUUGCCCAAAUUCGAUGCCGAAUCUUUGGCUGCUUCAAAAUACUAUAAGGGAGGUUUUGAUCCAAAAAUGAACAAAAGAGAGGCUUCCUUAAUAUUGGGUGUCAGCCCAGGAGCAUCAAAAACAAAGGUCAAGGAUGCCCACAAAAAGAUCAUGUUGUUGAACCAUCCCGAUCGUGGUGGUUCUCCUUAUUUGGCGGCUAAAAUUAAUGAAGCCAAAGAUUUUAUGGACAAUGUCAAGUAAAUGAUUGUCUGUGCAGCAACUGGCAAGCUAAUGAACAUAUUUGUUUUCUGUUUUGUUACUAUAAUGAAGAAUUUUUAAAAUAGUACCUCUUGUUAAUAUUAAGAUUUAGUUUAUAUAUUAGUAAACAAGUAGUAAUUAAUAAACUUUGUAAAGCAA